AGAACCCCCUCAACUGAUCGCUGGGAAUACCGAAGACACCAUGUCCACUUCACCCUUUGCUUCGCUCAUCCAGCAGGAUGUCCUCGUCGUCCCAUCAUUCACGCUCGAGUCAGGCAAGACCCUGCGCAAUGUUCCAGUUACAUACAAGACAUGGGGAGAGCUCAAUGAGGUGAAGGAUAACGUCAUGAUCAUCUGCCACGCCUUUACAGGCAGUGCAGAUGUCGAAGACUGGUGGGGACCGCUCAUGGGCAAGGGCAAGGCGUUCGACCCGAGGCGUUAUUUCGUCUUCUGCGCCAACGUCAUGGGCUCACCAUACGGCUCAGCGUCGCCACUGACCAUUAACCCGGACACUGGGAAGCCCUAUGGACCCGAGUUUCCUCUGACAACCAUCAGGGACGAUGUUCGCCUGCACAAGCUCGUUCUGGACUACUUGGGUGCGAAUUCUGUCGCCGUCGUCAUCGGCGGGUCCAUGGGUGGCAUGGCUGUGCUCGAGUGGCCGCUCUGCACUCCACCAGGUUAUGUACGGCACAUCAUCCCUAUCGCGACAUCGUCACGGCACUCGGCGUGGUGCAUUAGCUGGGGAGAAGCGCAACGUCAGAGUAUUUACAGCGACCCUGGGUACGAGGACGGCUACUACCUCAGGCAACCGGCUUCUGGCCUGGCCGCCGCACGCAUGGCCGCACUCCUAACCUACCGCUCGCGCGACUCGUUCGAGACUAGGUUUGGACGCAAGCCGCAGCCGUCAGCGAGGACUGGCAUCCCGACGCCACCGGAGUCACCCACCUCCGAAGUCGACGAGGAUGCGCUGAGCGCCCACAACGACGGCCUGAAGAAUUGCAGGUCACGGUCCCAAGACGCCUCUGGCUCCCCUUCAUCCUCCCGUCCGCUUUCGCCCGCGUCGAAGCCAACCAUCUUCUCCGCACAGUCGUACCUGCGCUACCAGGGCGACAAGUUCAUCUCACGCUUCGAUGCCAACUGUUACAUUCACAUCACGCGCAAGCUCGACACCCACGACCUUGCACGCAAGCGCAAGCUGCCCGGCGAGAGCGACGACGCGGCGCUGCACCGCAUGCUGUCGACGCUGCCCCCGCGUGCCCUUGUCAUCGGCAUCCAAACGGACGGCCUGUUCACGCCAAGUGAGCAGCACGAGAUCGCGGAGCACAUACCAGGCAGCGAGAUCAUCAUCAUCUCCUCGCCCGAGGGCCACGACGGCUUCCUGCUCGAGUUCGAGCUCAUUAAUGACCACAUCAUGCGCUCCCUCCGCAGCGAAUUCCCCCAGUACUAUGCUGGUGUCGAGGAGGAGCGGCCUGAGGAGGGCUUCGACAUUAAAAAGACUAGCAUGUUUGGCGAGGCGGAGGCGGACAUUACCCGCUGGUAGAUGUUAGUCUGUUCAUUUCUACACUGGGAUUUUUUGGGAUGGAUGUAUCAUAUUAAUAUUGCUUAGUGUAUCGCUGCGUGCGUCGAUAGCAUCUGACUGCAAUCCAACUUGCAUA